AUGCCGAAACCAUACACGGCCGUGACGGUCUCGAUCGAGAGCCUCACGAGCGAGAUCUACGAGGAGGAAGACAUGAGCGGUAUACCCGAUCUCGUCGAAGUCAUUUUGCUACAAGCCUCGGGCCCAACCGAAGCUGCCCGCGCUAUCCGAAAGAAGCUCAAGUACGGAAACGUCCACAGACAGAUCCGCGCCCUCGUUAUCCUCGACGGACUCAUUCAGAACGCAGGCGCGCGGUUCCAGCGCUGCUUCUGCGAUGAAGCACUUCUCGAGCGGCUACGUGUAUGUGGGACCUCGGGUACAUCGCACCCCGAGGUGAGGAAGAAGUGCAACGAGCUUUUCAGAAGCUGGGCUCAAUUUAAGAACGUUGAGGGCAUGCGCCAGAUUGCCUCGCUCUACAAGCAACUCCCGAAAAGGAAGGCAACGGUUACCCAGGAGCGGUCCAAAGUGGUCAAGGAAACCGAGAACCCAUUCGAUGACGAUGAUGAGGAUGAACACUCCCCGAAGCGGGGCGAGUCGUCCAAAGCUUCCGCCCCUCCGUACGAACAAAAUAUGAAAACCGUCCAGUCCUUUUCCCAGAGCGGCCACAGUCGGUCGGCAUCGGGCUCGGGCUCCUUCUUUGGGUCAUCUUCCUCUAAAGACAAGAAGAAGAAGGAGAAGAAGACCAAGAAGCGCCGGCCUUUCAAUCUUGAGGCCGAAAAGGACCAGAUGAAGGCCACUAUUGCCGAGUCUUCAAUCGCUGCCACGAAUCUCAUGAACACAUUGAAGAGUAUCAAUCGCGAGAAGGAGAGAAUCUCUGAGAAUCAGACGGCUGUCCAAGGCUUCGAGUCUUGCAAACAGUUGAGGAGGAAGAUUCUCCGCUAUAUUCACCAUGUCGAGAGUGAACAGUACCUGGGUAGCCUCUUACAUGCCAAUGAUGAGCUUAUUCUUGCCCUCAUGACAUAUGAGCAGCUGGAUCGCUCCAUUGAUGCAGACAGUGACUCCGAGGAUGAGCUUGCUGAACAAGCUCACCUGUACAGAAUGGCUCAACUUCGAGGACGGGAAUCCAACCCUACUUCGCCAACAAGCGCCACGCCUGAUAUUGCCGGGUUGAGUCUGGGCGGUAGUCCGCCGAGACCCACCCCUCCUCCCAGGCCGUCCGCGACCACAAAGCCGGUACCAGUGGCUCCUCAGCGUCCGCGAUACACGACUGAUGACGAAAGCGAGGAUGAUGAUGAUGACAAUCCAUUUGCUGACAGGAAUGAGCUGUCCCAUGUAUGA